UCGUUUUUUUUUUAAUUUUGUCUGUCUGGGAGUCAGUAGAGUCAAUAGAAUCUCAGAAUCUUAUAGAAUCAGCGUUUCCUCCCUUGCGAUGAAAUGAUAUAAUUUUGUUCAAGACAAUUGGCAAUAAAGAAAAUGCAUCUUGUUUUUGACACGCUGUGAUUCAGACUACUUGAAUUCAGCUGCCUUUCUAUUGAUCAACAUCAUCUGGAGUCCUCUGGACACACCCGCACUAGUGAUUCUAUGGAGCUCGUACUAACGAAACGACAUAAUAGUCGAGAAAAACGAUGACAUACAUAGAGAUUCUGCAGUCAAUGGAAUCACUUAUAAUCAAUAGAAUCACCCAGAACCAUUCAGAAUCAUGGAAUCAGCUUUUUCCCUCUUGAGAAAAACACUGAAUGUGAAAGUUGUGCAGUCGUAGACGAGCUUUCAGAAUAUAAGUCUAUUUUCAGAUAAAAAUGAUAGCAUUGUAUAAAGAUCAAAAAAUAUCGUUGGUUAUGAAAUUUGAUCGUUUUUUGUCGAACAUUGUAAUGUGAAAGAUCUUAUAGCUUAAAACUUCAAAUUAGUAUGAAGUAUUAGUUGAUUUACUUAUAUUCGAAUCCGCGAUUGGUUGAAUCACAUGUUUUGCUUACCUAUUUCAAUCAGUUUUUAUUCGAACGAAUCUGUAAUUUAACGUCGUACAAAAGAAAGUGUCGGUUUCACUAUUUUCAUUUAAGGAAAUCUAAACCCAGUAAAACUUGCGCAUUUAUGGCGACACUCUUUUGAGAAUUUUGCUUAGAUCUGAGCUUUGAAAUGUGACUUCAUAAUUUUUGAGCCGUGGGGGUACCUCACAGAUUGUCCUAUGAAGAUUUGAAUCGGAAAGAUCCUCAUAUCUUCCAUAUUAGUUCUUUAAAUUUCAAUAAAAAUAUUAUUUUCGUUAUCAGCACGAGGAAUUCUAUCAGGUCCAGUAAAAGAUUUUCAAAUUGAUGACCAAAAUUUUUUUUCGACUCCUGGGGGUGCUCGAGGUACCAAAAAUUCUGAAGUAGCACUUUCAAAGCUCUGACCCGAGGAACAAUUUCACAAGACCGUCCCCAUGACUAUACAAAUGUUAUUUUGUUGUAAUUUCGUAAAAUGAAAAAUAUUGAAACCAUUGCCUGUUUUUUGUCAAACUAUUCUCCUUUAAUGAAGUUCCGUAAGGGAGUAUUUUUUGAAAAAAGUUCUCAAAAGUUCAAGAAAAGUUUCAUGAAUAUCGGUUCAUGUGAUAGCCCUACCAAAGAUGCAUCUAACUGAUAGAAUUCUUGAAAAUCAGUUUUCAGCAUGAAAGAGAAACAUUCAAUAUAAGCAUAUUUCGUUACGGAAUUUCACGAAAAAUAUGAAUGGUUUUAGAAUGCAGUAUCUCACUUCCAGAAUAUUAAAAGUUUUUGUAUUCGUCCAAUUAUGAAAGAGCGAAUAUUUAGCUAUUGAUUUCAAGGGGGGAAACGGCGGACUUUUCGACUUCAACUUACUUUGAACCACUUGAAGUUACUUCGAGUUAAUUCAAGUUUUUUAUAAUAUAAGUUUAGUCAUUAUUUCUAAAUGCUAGUAUUAUAAUCCUUCAUAUUUUCGAUAAAAAAAAAUGGUAUAACAUUGAAAAAGUCUUUAAUUAAGAAAAAGAGGUGCAACAAGUGAUAUAGCAAUGUGUUUCACAACAAUUUAUUCAAGAAAAAUCAGAUAAAAAAACCAUAAUUGACUGUAUACAUAUAUUUCGAAUAAAUAAAAAUAGAAAAAUGUUCAGCUACGAAUUCUUUUUGUUGACAGACAUUGUUUUGAGUCUGAUGUUAUACGACGCUUAGCAUUAUGGUUUGGUUGUAAUGUUGAAAUUGACUUUUUAUUAGGCUUUGAUUGUGUACUUAUACUUUCAUCGGUGCAUACCUGCACAGGCAAUAUACCGGAUGCGGCAUAAAGAUUGCAACAUUUAGUAUUUUGAAAAUAUCUCAUCACAAACCAAUCGUAUAAUCUUGAUUCUUUUUUAAAAGAUGCUUAGUGAAAAACUCUACAAAAACUAUAAAAAUAAAUCCCUAUUGACUUCCUCUGAUGGUGUCUCCAAUACUUAACAUGAGCAGGUCACAUGAUGGUGUUAUGUUCCACCAUAUUUAGUAUAAUAAAAUAUUUGGAAGACUUUCUUUUAUUUUGAGAAUAGUUCGACUCGGGAAUAUGAUAAAGUCUUGAUUUAUUUUUCAAGAAUGCACCGUCAGAAACUCUAUAAACACGUUAUGAACAACGUUUUCUUGCAAAACAAAAAAAAGUCUUCUAAAUAUUUAAUACGGUGGGACAUAGCACCAUCAUGUGACCUAUUCAUUUUGAAUAUAAGAGACACCAUCCGAACAAGUCAAUAGGAAUUUGUUCUUACAGUUUUUGUAGAGCUUUUUAUCACCCAUAUUUUAAAAAAACAAUCAAGAUUAUACGAUUGACUGUGAUGAGAUAUAUGCAAAAUAUUAAAUGUUGUAAUCUUUAUGCCGCACCCGGUAAUACAUAUUAUUCAAACGAAAUGUGUUCUUGAAAUGAAGAUACUCUUCUUGAUAUUACGAUUUUAUCAAAAGAUAUUUUUGAACGUGUUGAUUAUAAAUUUUAUGAUGCUGUUAAAGCAGUAGCAGGUAGUAGUCUGCGUGAUUGACAUCUUUAGUCACGAUCACGAUCACGGCUUUAAUUUGUACAUAGAAAUUAAAAAUACUAAAUGAGCUUUUAAUAUUCAAUAGUGCCAUCUAUAAACUGUUGUUGAUUGGAUCCUGUGUUAAAGAAUUGCAAUCAUCAUUGAGAAUUACCUAAAUUCUUUUCUGUUCUUAAUCUUAACAACUCUUAAAAAUAUAAAAAUCUUAAUUAAUAUUCAUUAUCAGAAUGUCUAUGACUAGUAAUCAAUUAAAUAAAAAAGAUAUUGAACGUCUUGUGUCACAAAAUAGUACAUCAAUAUCGUAUAAAAAACCAAGUGAAGCAACUAAAACUAAAAUCUCCAAACAUUGGAAUAAUUUCAGUCAAAUAUAUGUUUCUAAUGUCAAACAAGAUUUCAUUGUUUGUGAUGAUUGUAAAACGAUAUUGAUCUACAAAUCAUCUACAGGUUCUGGUUGUAUGAUUAAUCAUUUACGUUCUUGUCCAUCCAAACUAAAGCUCGAUAAUUCAUCUGGUGAAAAACAGAAAAUCAACAAUUACUUCAACAAAAAUUCCAAUGACAACAAAUAGAUACCAAAAAGCAUUAAACGUGCUAUCACAACAUCUUGUGCUGAAUUUGUUGCUGAAGAUAGUCAAUCAUUUAAGUUGCUUCAAGGACCUGGUUUUAUUCGUUUAGCUCAACAAUUAUUUGAUAGUGGUCAACGUUUAUCAUCAUAA